AAUAGAGAGAUGAAUGAAAGUUUGUCUUAUACUUAGAAUCUAUCCAUUUCGCUUUCCUUUCAAGUCCAAUCACCUCUUCCUUUCUCUGUUCUUCCUUUCACUCCCAUUGGCCUUUUUCCUUUUCUUUCUAACUAACGCAUUUCUUUUGCCACACCUUUCUCAUAACGCCAAUAACACCUUCUUCUUCUUCUUGCUCAUUCUUCACCUCUCUUCCUCUUUCACUUUCACUCCACUCUCCCUUUUCUUCAAUACCAUCCAUCAUAUGAACUCUUUUUAUAUGCUUCAAGCUACUUGAGAACUUUGAAUUGCAGUCAUAUUAAAAAAAAGUGAUUUUGUGAUAUGGGUUCUUGUUCUUCUGUCCAAAGAAACUCGCUUUGUUCUACAACUGUUGAUAAGCUUGUGAUUCUCCCAUCACCCAUCAAAGAUAAACCCAAAAAUGAUAACUUUAUGAUCGAUCAUGUUUCUUCCAACACCUUCAAUGGUAGCAAAGAUGAAGCGUUUUUUGAUUCCAAAGGAUGGUUAGACUCAGAUUGUGAAGACGAUUUCUAUAGUGUCAAUGGUGAUUUCACCCCUUCUCGGGGAACCACUCCAGUGCACCACUCAUUUGGGACCCCUGCCAUCAACAAAAACCCUUCUCUUCAUAUAGCUCCUGAACCAUCUCCAAAGAAAAAGAAUUUGUUAGAACUUUUUAGAGAAAGUGUGAGGGAAGUGCGAAAUGAAGAAGUAGGAAAAACUUUCAGCAAUGAAGAGAAACAAGUUAAACCAAUAAUUGUACGUGAUCUUACUAAAUCUGCACAAAGUACUCCUUAUAUCUCAGGUAGCAUUGAAAGAACCAUGAAUGAUGAAAAUGAAUCAGUUAAGCCUGUGCAAUGUUGCCUUCCACGCUUGGGUAGCUUUAGUGAGAGGAGAAGGAAAGCUAGUCUUGAUAUAGCAGCAAAUGGAAAAGCUUGAUUUCUAGUGUAAUCUAUCUUUGUAUUUAUAAACAUGUUGGAAAUUGGAAGGUAAAGCUUUCAAUGAUUGAAAUGAAUAUGAUGAUAAUGUACAUCUUUAUCAUGUCCUUGUAAAGAGCUAUAUAGCUAUAUGAAUUUGGAAGCAUGUAACACAUAAAGGGAAGGGAUGUUUUACGUUAAUAAGCAAUGAGAUUUUUGUUUCAUAA